AAAAGAGAUUUAUUCCAAAAUAGCAAUGGAGGCAUUUGCAGCCAGGCGAUAUAAUGAAGACACAACCAGAGGGUCUGUCUUCGUUUAUACCAACAGCAACCACACAAAAGAUCCCUUUGAGGGCCCCAACUACCAUAUCGCUCCACGAUGGGUGUACAAUCUCUCAUCAUUGUGGAUGAUCUUUGUGGUCAUCGCAUCAGUAUUCACCAACGGCCUGGUACUGGUGGCCACAGCUAAAUUCAAGAAGCUCCAGCAUCCUCUGAACUGGAUCUUGGUCAACCUCGCUAUUGCCGAUCUUGGGGAGACUGUUUUUGCCAGCACCAUCAGCGUUUGCAAUCAAAUAUUUGGAUACUUCAUUCUGGGACAUCCCAUGUGUAUCUUUGAGGGCUACACUGUCUCUACUUGUGGUAUUGCUGCUCUGUGGUCCCUGACUGUGAUCUCCUGGGAGAGAUGGGUGGUUGUCUGCAAGCCUUUUGGAAAUGUCAAGUUUGAUGGCAAAUGGGCCAGUGCUGGUAUUAUAUUCUCCUGGGUCUGGGCAGCAUGCUGGUGUGCUCCCCCCAUCUUUGGCUGGAGCAGGUAUUGGCCCCAUGGACUUAAGACCUCCUGCGGACCUGAUGUGUUCAGUGGAAGUAGUGACCCUGGAGUGCAGUCCUACAUGAUUGUUCUGAUGCUUACCUGCUGCAUACUUCCUCUGGCCAUCAUCAUCCUCUGCUACCUCGCAGUGAUGAUGGCCAUCCGUGAAGUGGCCGCGCAGCAGAAAGACUCUGAGUCGACGCAGAAGGCUGAGAAGGAAGUGAACAGGAUGGUUAUUGUGAUGAUCAUCGCAUUCAUUGUGUGCUGGGGACCGUAUACCUUUUUCGCUUGCUUUGCUGCGGCUAACCCUGGGUAUGCCUUCCAUCCUUUGGCUGCUGCACUCCCUGGCUACUUCGCAAAGAGCGCCACCAUCUACAAUCCAAUUAUCUAUGUCUUCAUGAACCGACAGUUCCGUGUUUGCAUUUUGCAGCUCUUUGGCAAGCAGGCUGAUGAUGGUUCUGAAGUGUCUACAUCCAAGACUGAAGUUUCCUCUGUUGCACCUGCAUAAUCCUUUUAUCUUUUCAUACCUGGCCUGGAAACUGGAGUAUUGGAAAAACCAAAU